UGGAGUUAGUCUUUGAAAAAUAUAAUUGUGUUGCUUAACAUUUUACCAAAAAAAAAACAAAUUGUGUUACAACUUAAUAUAUGAAAUUUAAUAAUUAUAUCUAAAAUCUCGAUGGUUUAACAAUAUAAAUUAUGAAAUUUAAUUACUUAAAAUAUACGUAUCAUUAUGGCAUAUCACGAAAGAAAAAAAAAGUUUGAAGAAACAUGAGAUCCUUGUUGGAAAAGGAUUUUGUUUUCUCCAAUAUAUAUUAGGAAUUGGUUUAAUGAUGCCGACCUCGGUAUUCUUAUAAAUACAUACACUUAUAACCCUCGAAGAAAGCAUCCCAAUUAGAAAAUCACAAAUUGCUCAAAAUCAAAAGCACGUACGAAGAAGAGAAAAGAUGUCGCUGUCUUUUUCACAAACGAAGUUACUGGUAAUCCUUGUGGCCUUUGCAUGCGUCUUCUCAUCAGGCUCAGAGGCAUGGAGCUGGAGUUGGAGCUCCGGUUCAGGCUCAGGCUCAGGCUCGGGUUGGGAAUCCCACGGCUCAGGCGGAUCAGCCUCAGGUUCGGGUACAAACCCUGAUGGUUCGCACUGGAGUUGGAAGUGGGACACACGGUCAGGCUGGAGAUGGAGGUCCGACUCAAACCGUACGAAGCCAGGCUCCUCGAACCAUAACGUUACGAAGCCUGAAGGCUCAUCAAAUCAUAACGUUACGAAGCCAGGCUCAUCGAACCAUAACGUCACGAAGCCUGAAGGCUCAUCGAACCACAACCAUAAUGUUACAAUGCCAGGCUCAUCGCACCAUAACCAUAAUGAAACGAAGCCAGGCUCAUCAAAACAUAACGAUUCGAGGUCAGGCUCAGACGAUAACGAUUCAAGGAACCCGGUCUUUGCAACACCAAGAGAGGUCGUAGUGGGAGGAUCACGUGGAUGGAACUACGGGGUGGAUCUUGAAGAAUGGGCUUCCAAGACUACUUUCCAUGUCGGCGAUGUCCUUGUUUUCGAGUACAACAAUAUGACAAACGGAAGACAUGACGUGUACUUGCAAACAAAUCUGUGGAGUUACAGGACCUGCAACUUCGAAAGUAGAAAUAAGAUUGCUUCAUCGGAGGAGAAUGGAUCUAAAGAGAGCUUCAAAUUUACUCUUGCAAUGUCACAGCCUUACUCUUUUGCAUGCGGAGAGGAUAACGGCUAUUAUUGCCGUACCUAUAACAUGAAGUUCAGCGUUCUCCCAGGCGCCUGAGUCCUCUCGUCUAUCCGACUCAACCCUUUUGCCUCUUUUGCUUCUUUUUUCUUAAUGCAAUAUUAUUAUUAGAGUUGCUAUUUUUUCUUACUUAAGGUUUUCUUAUUACAUAAAGAUUUUGAAGAGUUAAUAACUAGAUGACUUCCCACUUAAAUAUUACUUAAGUAAGUUUUGUACAUAAUUAAAAUUUAUAAAAAUUUCGAAAAAUCACAUUUGUUGAUAAAAAAACUCAACAAUAUAAGAUUAAUUUCAAGACAUUUUGGAAUAUAUGUGAUGAUCGCUUGGGAUUCAACUUUAUACUUUAGCUUUAUUUAUUUUAAAUGACUAAUCUUAACCAAAUGAUGUAGUUUUAUUUUUUAAAUUAAAGCCUACCUACAUCAUCUACAAUUUUUUUGUUCAGGUUUUAGUUUAUUUUUUCAGAACAACAAUUAAAGUGAUUUAAAAGUUGUAAUAUUUUUUACAGCAAAACAACAUAGAAUGCAAGGAAAAAAAACACAGACUAAAUCUUACAUCUAAACUUCUACAUAUAAAGUCCAACCUUUUUUUGCUUCCUCACAUUUCAAAAGAAAUAUUUGGGUACAAAAAGAGCAAAGUAGCCACUAGUUGUUUGACAAAGAAAAAUUGACAGAAGCCUAACUAUUAUCGAGUUCGUGGGGACAUUGUAUCACUCUAAGGCCAAGUGUCUAGCAAUAACUUGAUUUCUAUCCAGCAACCUUUCUAAACCUCACGUUUUCCACGUUGGGUCAGUACCUAAGAUAUUUUGGGUCCAAUAGGAAACUAAAAAUAACGCUUUCAAAUGAUACAUAAAAAAAUUUGAUCUAUAAAAAUGCAAAAAAAAAAAAAUUACUUUAACUAAUCAUUUUCAUUUAAAAUUUUGUCACAAUAAAAAUA